AUGAAUCUGAAUGAUCUUUUGUCAUCUGAUGCAGACUGGCAAUACGCUCGACAGGAGCGCUCGAAUCGUGGAGAACUCGUGGAUGUUCAUACGGUUGAACACACACAGGACCUAUUGUUGGAGACAUUCAACCGUUACGUGAACUGGAGUCGUAAACACGAUGCCGCUCACGUGACACGACCCCAUUCCGGAUCCACACGCCCAUCUCCCGGGUCGACACAAUCCCAGUUUUGGCCGCGAAUUUUCAUGGCGUUGACAGAGCUCCGCUCUAUCACGCUAUGUAAUCAGGGCCUCUUUGUGGAACGCGCGUUCAGUGCAGCAUGCGAUCAAUUACCUUGGUACUUUCACGAACUAUUCCAUGGCAGUCAAGUGAGCGGUGGUGCUGAGUCCGAAUCAAUCCCGAUAGAUGAGCGCCUCACCACCGGUCCGUCUGUCCGCUUGAAUUGA